AUGUGUCCUCAUCACGGCAUCAGUAGUUGCGCGAACCUCGACAUACAGGGCUACAACUUGCCUGAUGGUCUUCAUAAUCUAGCCUUCCCUGCAUUCAUCAACGCCCUCCCCUCAACACCUCUCAAAAUGCCCGAAACCGACCCCGGCGCCCUAAACUGGCGCCUCUCAGCCCACCCCUUCACCCUCCUAACCUUUCUCUCCUUCCGCCUCGGCUCCCUCCUCAUGUACCUCUUCGGCGUCCUCUUCAUCCGCAACUUCAUCCUCGUCUUCAUCAUCACCCUCCUCCUAUUGUCCCUCGACUUCUACUACCUCAAGAACAUCGCCGGCCGCCGCCUCGUUGGCCUACGAUGGUGGAACGAGGUCAACAUCAGCACGGGAGACAGCCAUUGGGUGUUUGAGAGCCGGGAGACGCAGAGAGUGACGGAGACGAGUGGGGGCGCGGCAGGGGAGCAGAAUGCGACGGAUAAGAGGUUCUUCUGGUUGGCGAUGUAUGUCGUGCCCGUGUGCUGGGUUGGGUUGGCGGUGUUGGCCAUUGUGAGGUUGCAGAGUCUGAUUUGGUUGGUUACUAUCGUGAUCGCACUUGUCCUCACGAUCACGAAUACGAUUGCCUUCUCGAGAUGUGACAAAUUCAGUCAAGCCAGCGGCUGGGCUGGGAGCGCGUUCAGUGGAAGCGGAAUAGCAAGAGGACUGGCGGGGAAUAUGGUCGGGCGUUUCUUCAAGUGA